GCUGCCGUCGGCUCCGCGCGGGGGGGCGGGCCGGGCCGGCACCCCGGGGCGCCCGAGAGCGCUCGUCGCUUCUUCUCCUUCUCCCCCCGCUCCGCACUCCAGGGCACCCUCUGCCCGAUCCACGCAGCUUCCAGCUCCCUGUGCUCGCCCCCAGCAAACUUUCGUUCCCUCCCUGCCUCUAGCCCGUUAUUCGUCGUGGCUCGGGCUCCGCCGCGCCGCGCCGCCCCGAGGGCUCCUCCCAACCUCCCUACCUGCAGCUCCCACCAUUACAGGACCCAGAAACAUGUCGACCACACUUCUGUCGGCCUUCUACGACUUCGAUUUCUUGUACAAGACGGAGAAGUCCCUGGCCAACCUCAAUCUGAACACCAUGCUGGACAAGAAGGCAGUGGGGACGCCCGUGGCCACGGCCCCCGGCUCGACCUUCGCGCCGGGCUUCCUCCGACGGCACUCGGCCAGCAACCUGCACGCGCUCGCCCAGCCCGCGCCCAGCCCCGGCAGCUGCUCGCCCAAGUUCCCGGGCGCCGGGGCGGGGGGCGCGGGCCCCUACGCGCCCCUCAAGGAGCCGCCGUCGGGGGGAGGCGGCACCGCGCUGCUCAACAAGGAGAAUAAGUUCCGGGACCGCUCCUUCAGCGAGAACGGCGAGCGCAGCCAGCACCUCCUGCACCUGCAGCAGCAGAAGGGCGGCGGCUCGCAGAUCAACUCCACGCGCUACAAGACCGAGCUGUGCCGGCCCUUCGAGGAGAACGGCACGUGCAAGUACGGCGAGAAGUGCCAGUUCGCGCACGGCUUCCACGAGCUGCGCAGCCUCACGCGCCACCCCAAGUACAAGACGGAGCUGUGCCGCACCUUCCACACCAUCGGCUUCUGCCCCUACGGGCCGCGCUGCCACUUCAUCCACAACGCGGACGAGCGGCGGCCCGCGCCGUCCGGGCCCGCGGGCGCCUCGGGGGCUACCUGAGCGGCUCGCUGAGCUCCGGCAGCCUCAGCGGCUCCGAGUCCCCCAGCCUGGACCCCGGCCGCCGCCUGCCCAUCUUCAGCCGCCUGUCGGUCUCCGACGACUGAGGCGCGGGGGCGCCCGCGAGGACGGGCGAGGG